AAUACUGAAACUGUUAUUUUUGAUGACGUUGAUAAAAGUCGGGUGAUUUAAUUUACUACCCUCUUUUAUAUGGAUGGCAUUAAUCUAACUGAAAAUUCAACCGUAGUAAAAAAUUUUGAUAUUUCAAGCAAAAAUCUCAAUCGCAGGUGCUAUUAUCAUUCUCUAGUACCUUCGUUAAAAAAUGUCUUUUUUUUCAGAAAUAUAAAUAUGUCUCUGAAAAUAUCAAACAAAAUAUUACAAGAGUGGGUUGUCAGUAUGAAAGAUAAAGUUGUACCAUGGAGUUCUUUCAUAAAUGUGUCUAAAUUUAAGAUACCGAAAACUAUAUCACCUUUCGGAAAAAGAAUAGUAAAGAAUAUUGAAAAAUUCCAGGGAAAUUACAUAUUUGUCUUUUUUGGACUGGUACUGUUUUGUAUUUUAACAAGCCCCUUACUAUUGAUAGGAAUUGGAGUAUGUGUAGGAGCUUGUUAUGUUGUCAAUGUUCGAAAUAAUGAAACUCCAUUAAGACUGAUGGGACGUCAAAUAAGUCUUGCGCACCAGUAUGCUGCCAUAGCAACAUUCUCGUUUCCCCUCUUUUGGAUAGCAGGUGCAGGUUCCGCAGUUUUUUGGGUGAUUGGUGCCUCUUUUGUUUUGAUCAUAUGCCAUGCCGCAUUUUAUUCUUUGGAAGAUGAGUUGGAUGAAGUUCCUGAUUUGGAGGGAAUACAAACUGUUUAG